UGUGGAAACAUAAAUACGUUUUUAUGUUGUAAUAAAAAUGGAAACAUUAUAUCCAGGUUUGAUAUAAUGUAUUUAUCAGAAUAGCUUAUAUAAAAUGAAUUAUUAUAAUGGAUCUAUGGGACCAUCAUUCGAUCACUUAUUAAAUUCUUCAGACACUAAUACAGAAUGGGAAGCAUCAACAUUACUUGGACUUAAGAUCGCACUUGCUGUUCUUUUAUCUCUCAUAACUUUGGCAACACUUCUCUCAAAUGUGUUUGUUAUCAUAACAAUAUUUAAGAGUCGUAAACUACACACCCCUGCCAACUAUUUAAUUGGUUCUCUGGCAUUCACAGAUUUGUUGGUGUCCAUCUUGGUAAUGCCCAUAAGUAUUGUCUACACUGUCACACACACUUGGACUUUUGGGCAAAUUAUUUGUGACAUUUGGUUGUUAUCGGAUAUCACAUGCUGUACAGCUUCAAUACUCCAUCUAUGUGUCAUAGCUUUGGACAGGUACUGGGCUAUUACAGAUGCUCUAGAAUAUACUAAACACCGCACAGCUGGGAGAGCAGCACUCAUGAUUUCUGUCGUUUGGAUUAUUUCGAUUUGUAUCUCCAUCCCACCACUGUUUUGGAGACAAGCCAAAGCUCACGAAGAACUUACAGAUUGUUCUGUUAACACAGAUCAAAUCUCUUACACUAUAUAUUCUACCUGUGGAGCAUUCUAUAUACCAACCGUAUUACUUAUCAUUUUAUAUGGGAGAAUUUAUAUUGCAGCUCGAACAAGAAUUCUCAAGCCGCCAUCCAUUUAUGGAAAGAGAUUUACAACUGCUCAGCUAAUAACAGGAUCGACAGGUUCUUCAUUCUGCUCUGUGAACACAAAUGCACAUAUGGGAAAUUCAGAUGGAACUCCAGUCUGUAUAAACCACAUCAAGAUCAGGCUUGCAGGAAGCAUUAUAGAAAGAAAGCGAUUGUCUGUUGCAAGAGAGAGAAAGGCCACCAAAACCCUCGGUAUAAUUCUUGGCGCCUUUAUCGUUUGCUGGUUACCUUUCUUUGUGGUAUCUCUGGUCUUGCCAAUUUGUAGUGAUGCAUGUUGGUUCAAUCCUAUACUAUUUGACUUUUUCACUUGGUUGGGAUAUUUAAAUUCACUUAUCAACCCUGUGAUUUACACAGUAUUUAAUGAGGAUUUCAAAAAAGCAUUUCAAAAGCUUAUACGACUCAAAUCUAUCUCCUAAAAAUUGAUGGCCAUUAUUUUGUGACUGGAAUCUAUAAGAUAAACUAUUGCUUCCAUGAAACAUUUGCUGGUGACUCCAUUAUAUGGAAUUAAUUCUAAAUGUGAACAUAAAGUAUUUCUCUCACAAAAUGCAGAGAGUACAUAUACAUAUUGUGGACAUUUUAUUUGAGACUUGGAUCAAGCCAUUCAACUGAUAUUAAAAGAAUGUUGCAAUGAUAAGUAUAUGUAUGUUAAUGAAAAAAAGAAUCAACAUUUGAAUGUAUAUCGUAUUUGUACAUGUAGCCCUGUUUAUCCAGAGUAAGGUAGAGAAUUAUCAAGUAUUUGAUAACUUUAAAAGAGAUUAGGAUGAAUAUAUAUUUUGAAUUGG